AGAGACAUACAGACACACACAUAGAGACACACACACACACUUAUUCCACAUUAUUUUGUUGCUUUUUUAUCGCUGCUUUUGAUUCGUCGGCGUCUAACCGGAUCGGCCAAUCAAUGGCGCAGUCCGGCUCGGUGGCGUCUGCCGACCUGCCGAUCGAAGACGACAACGAGGACGCCAAGAGAGCCGCCCAAAAACAGCUGAUCGUAACCAUGGAGACGACGAAGACGGAGGGCUUGGACAAGAUGAAGACGAAGAGCAGCAGCAGCAACGGUGCCGACGAUAGUCCUCGUCCCUCGAAAGUCCCGAAAGAGGAAGAGGAAGAUGGCGGCCGGAAGGAGGAGGAAGAGGAUGAGGAGGAAGAGGCCACGCCCACGCCGCCGGAUUCGUCAUCGCUGUCGUCCGAGAACGGGACGAUGACCGGCGCCGUCACUGAGGAGGAAUCUCUCUCGGCUCGACUCGGACACGCCAAGGAGACAGGUCUGGACACGGAGGAGAGCGUCUCCGUGACAACGGCAGGCGGCUCCGACGAGCAGCGCGAGUCCACCGACUCUGCGUCCUUCUCCCUGCCGAGCCCGGAGCUGUCGGUCGCCACGCCGCCCGCCGCGGGACACUCUCUGGGGGGGGAGGACAUGUCUCCGUCCACCGAGAAGGAGGCCGCCGCAGCGCUGGAGGCCACCGGGGGCGCUGUAGCUGCGGCUGUGGGGGGGGCGGCAGCAGCAGCGGAGGCGGGGCCAACCAUGCCGGCCUAUUACCUGGUGAAGUGGAUCACCUGGAAGGAGAAGAAGACUCCCAUCAUCACGCAGAGCGAGAACGGGCCCUGCCCCCUGCUGGCCAUCAUGAACACACUGUUCCUCCGCUGGAAGGCUAAACUUCCUGCUCAGACUGAAGUCGUCACAACUGAGGACCUGAUGGCUCACUUGGGAGAGUGUGUGUUGUCUGUUACACCCAGAGAGAAGGCCAACGGGAUGGAGCUCAACUUCCAACAGAACAUGAGUGAUGCCAUGGCCGUGCUCCCUAAGCUGUCCACAGGUCUGGACGUUAACGUUCGUUUCACCGGAGUGACCGACUUCGAGUACACGCCGGAGUGCAUCGCGUUCGACCUGCUGGACAUCCCGCUGUACCACGGCUGGCUGGUCGACCCACAGAGUCCAGAGGUGGUGGCUUCUGUGGGGAAACUGAGCUACAACCAGCUGGUGGAGAAAAUCAUCGACUACAAACAUUCAGUAGACAGCAGCCGAGUCAGUGAAGGUCUGGUAGCAGAGCAGUUUCUAGAGUCCACAGCGACCCAGCUCUCCUAUCACGGUCUGUGUGAGCUCAACACGACGGCCAAGGAGGGAGAGAUCUCUGUGUUCUUCAGAAACAACCACUUCAGUACCAUGAUCAAACACAAGGGCCACCUGUACCUGCUGGUGACCGACCAGGGCUUCCUGCAGGAGGACAGUCUGGUCUGGGAGUCUCUUCACAACGUCGAGGGAGACGGGAACUUCUGCGACUCCGACUUCCGGCUGUGUCAUCCUCCGCAGAGAGCCCCGCCCACCGCCGCCGCCAGCCUGGCGCCCAGCGCCCAGGACCAGCAGAGACAGAUCGACCAGGACUACCUGGUGGCGGUGUCCCUGCAGCAGCAGCAGGGUGGGGCCCCGGGGCCCCUCAGUGACCUGGAGUUGGCCCGACAGCUCCAGCAGGAAGAAUACCAGCAUCAGCAGCAGCAACUACAGCAACAACAGCAACAGCAACCACAGCAACAACAGGGAUCACCUGCUGCAGCAACGCAGGUCAGAGGUCAGGGGUCACAGCAGGGCGGAGCGCGGAGAAGAGAGAAGGACUCGGACUGUGUCGUCCUAUAGACUCCUUUAAUAUCAUUGUAAUCUAUCGAGACGCACAGAUACACACACAUAUGUACAGAGACACACACACAGACACACACACACACAUAUAUAUAUAUAUA